AUGUACGAGUAUAUAAAUGCUACAGAGGAUCCAGGCUUCUCUACGCUUGAGGUUAAUCACCGCGGUGAGUUCUCUACCCUCCAAGUCAAGCCAGCGGAGGGUAUCGAGCCCUUCAAUGCCCCCGCGUCAACUUCACAGAAGUACUCAGAAGAGCUGUCACGGCACGAGACAAAAAAGCCCUGGUGGAGGAGGUACUGGCUUGUUAUUAUAGUGUUCACUCUUUUGGUAAGUGGGGGAAUAAUUGGUGGUGCCGUGGGCGGGACACUGGCCUCUAAAAAGGAGGCAGAUGGGAAAGACAAUGUUGCUGAAAAUGCUACAAUAUCAAGGCAAGACACCAUGAGCGUCAAAGCCUGUAACAUGCUGAUAAGUUCUAAAAGUCACGACUCAACAAGCACAACACCAACACCGAGCCGUGCAUCUUCAAUCACCUCAACAUCGACCACCGCAUCUUACCCAACCAUCAUACCUACUGCAAUACCUGGUCCAACAGAUGUACCCGACGAUCCAAUCUAG